GAAUCAAUCACAGUAUCAAUCACAAUUCAAUACACUGCAUCGAGGCUUAUGUGGUAAUGUCUUGUUGGCAUCAAUCAUCAGGAAGAGGUUAUUAUACUGAUAAGAGUUUAUUUCAUCAAAUAUUCGCGAGAGAUAGCAAAAAAAAUUGCAUUUGGCGCUGUGUUGUGGGUAUAAAAGAGUCAAUCAACGAGAAGAAUUAUUAUAGACUUGUUGAAAUGCUUCUGAGAUACACUGGACUCUUUGCCUUCGCUUGCUUGGGAUUGUUUUCCCCCAUAGGGGCAGCUAAUAUAGCAGCGGACACAGAUGGAAUUUCCCGAUCGAACUUAACUCUUGGUCCAUUCGUUAAGAUUGGUAAUGGAUUGUACUACAUAGAGGUGAUGCUACAAAAGAACUGGUUUGACGCCUACGAAUCUUGUCGCCGCAUGGGAGCUGCAUUGAUCUCCUUCGAGACCAUCCUGGAGUGGCAUUUGGUCAAUAUGUAUCUCUUUAAAAUGAAUAUCUAUGAUAGGUAUUGGACUUCAGGCAAUAAUUUAUCCAAUGGAGGCAGACAUACUUGGCAUUCAACGGGAGCACCCGUGACACUGGACAUCUGGGCUCCGGGGGAACCCAAUAACGAUGGGGGAAACGAGCACUGUGACGAAUUGGGAUACUUAGGGACCAGCACGAAUUACAAUGUAUUUAAUGAUAAAGAUUGCUCAGUGCAGAGGCGCUAUAUUUGUGAGGCACUCUAGCCUAUAGACAACAAAAAUU